UCUUUCAUUUCACACUUCUCUUCUGUACUCACACUUGAAUUUAUGACUUUAGAUGUUCUUUAACAUUUGCAUUCUCUAGGAACCAUAGCUUUUUACAGCAUUUAUUACAUUUUUGUUAUAUCACUUGAUGCAAAUCUAUGCUAUCACUGAAAUACUAUUUACAGUAGUUCACGUUUGUUCAUUGUGCAUGAAACAAGGUUAGAUUAGAGAUGGUUAAACCAAGGUUACUAGAGUAAAAUCAAUACACCAAAAAAACACAGUUAUUACACUUCUAUCACACAAAAAAAACCAUGAUUCAUUUUCAUAAGGGGUCAGUGAUUUGUGUUUGUUUUGUUGCUUUGUACAGCUGCUAAUUCAGUUCCCAACUUUACACAAGAAAUACAAUUUCAUAAAACUGUCCGAUACACAAUACAGAAAAUAGAUUGGACAGAACAACUAUCAAGACAGAUUAUCUGAAAAAAGAAUGUACACCCUGCUAAUGUUUAACCACUCCAUUAAUGUAAUAAAUAUUGAAAAAUAUUCGACUGUGUUGUUUUGAGUGACAGAGGACACAACAUCUGUAGAAAAAUUUAGCAGAUUUUUUAUAUCUGACCAUUAUGUCUCCUAUGACAGGAACAGACUUCAUAAUAUUUAUAGUAAACAGUCGGGAUGGUGUGUGUUAGGACACAACACACACACAGAUCUACAUGUGUGUGAGCACACCGAGCGUUCACCUGAAGAAUGAUCACACACUUCUGACUGUAAAAAUGAGGAGAACUCUGAUACAGGUGUUUGGAUUCUUGAUUUCAACACUCGGUUGGCUUUUCAUCAGCUGUACGACAGCCAUGGACUACUGGAGAGUCAACUACGUGGGAGGAAAAGGAGGUAACUGGAUGAUCAAGGCGUUGUGGUACUGGUCAAACCUGUGGAGAGACUGUGUGACAGACACUUCAUCUGUCACUAACUGCAGAGAUUAUGAUGUUCUGUGGUCAGUCACACCGUACGUUCAGGGUGUUCGAGGUCUGCUCAUGAUCGGCAUGUCUCUGGGAUUUGUAGCCAUUAUUCUCUGCUUCAUUGGAAUGGAGUGUACUUACAUCGGUGGACGUGAGAAGUCCAAGGACAAAACGUUACUCUCUGGAGCAGUUUUUCAUUUUGUUGGUGGUUUGUCGUCUUGUGCAGCGUAUUGUUUAUACACAAACAGAGUGGCCAGUGCCGCGUUUUCCCCCUCCACGGACAGAAGUGUUAUCAGGUAUACAAUAGGAACACCAAUAUUUCUUGGAUUGGUUGGAAGUUUCUUCAUAAUUCUUGGAUCUGUUUUGUAUGCUGUUACAAUCAUACCAAAAAGAAUGACGAAUGCAUUCAGACAAAGACCGUUGAGCGGCCGUUCUGUCCGGCGCACAGCCACUAAAACACAUGACACAACAUCAAGAGAUCUGUGGAGCGGCUCGCACAACUCCAGGACAUCCCACACCAAUGAUGAGAAAAUAUCUGUCAGAGACACGUUUGUGUGAACGUGAUGAUCCAUCAAAGACAUUUCUAUGAAGUCCAUCAACCUGCAAGAGCUCUUGGUCCGCCAAUCUGAAGCUCUCAGUGGCUCCUAGACUAUAGGCUCAAGACUCGAGGAGAUACAGCAUUCUCCACAGGAACAGUCUGCCUACGGAAAUUAGAACUGCCCCUACCUUGACUAUUUUGAAAUCCAGGUUAAAACUUUUUUAUUUGAUUUGUCUCAUCAUAUAGGAUUGUUGAUGAGUUGUCUUGUCUUGAUGUUCUGUAGUUUUAUCUGUGACUUUGUCAUUGUGUUAUUUUGUGAAGGGUUUUAUUUUGUACAGCACAUUGGUCAACAGUAGUUAGUUGUGUUUAAUCGUGCUUUAUAAAUAAAUAGAAAUGAAUAGAA